AAUCAGUCACGUGACACCGGCAUCGAAAAACUCCGACAAGAUUUUAUUACGCGGGAACUCAUUUGACAACCAUGGCUACAGCACUCUAUCUCGAACAGUACCUCGACAGUAUUGAAAAUCUUCCUUUUGAGCUACAAAGGAAUUUCACAUUGAUGAGAGAUUUGGACCAGAGAACACAAGAGCUUGCUAAGAGUAUAGACGAAGAUACAGUGAACUACUUGAAGAAUGUCAGGGAUCUGAAGCCAGAACAGAGAGCCGAGAGAUUAAAGAAGAUAAAUCACUCUUUCACGAAAAGUAGGGAAUAUGGCGACGACAAAGUACAGCUUGCUAUGCAGACGUAUGAAAUGGUUGAUAAGCAUAUACGACGGUUAGAUGCAGACUUAGCGAGGUUUGAACAGGAGCUCAAAGAGAGAACACUGGAACAAGCCACGCCCAUAGAAGGAAGAGAAAAAAAGAAAAAAGGUACUGAAAAAUCGGCAAAGAAGUUGAAAAAAGCUGGAAGAUCGUCUGAUGAUGAAACGCCAAAGACAUCGAGAAAGAAGAUGAAGACGACUGCGGUAGAACCUGUUGUAACACCCAUCCUCACGUUACCGUCAGUUAUCAACUCACCUUCGGAUGUCCUAGACAUGCCCGUUGACCCCAAUGAACCCACGUAUUGCUUAUGCCACCAAGUUUCCUAUGGGGAGAUGAUAGGCUGCGAUAAUCCAGAUUGUCCGAUAGAAUGGUUCCAUUUUGCCUGUGUUGGUCUCGUCACAAAACCAAAAGGAAAAUGGUUCUGUCCGAAGUGCUCACCGGAGAAGAAAAAGAAAUAACACCAGCUGCAAUAUCCUUAUUUAUUAUGAUUAUGUUUUCCAUUAUCACAUCUGUACAUAUCUUGUAAAUAGACAAAGAUUAAUUAUUGAGGCUUAUUAGCAAAAUAUUAUUAUUGUUUAAGUGAAGUCUUAUUCAGACGUGGCACAGUAAGUCUCAGCAACAUUUCUUUUUUUGCAGUAUUCAGACACAGACAAAUCAGCAUUGACCCUCACCAUUACCCCCCCCAAAAAAGUAAUAAAUAAAUAAAAAUUAAUUAAUAAAAAGAAGAAAAAAUAGAAAUGAAAACUAAAAGAAAUUGCCCAAAGUUUCAGAAUUAUAGGUCUAAUGAUCAUUGUGAUGUUGUGAUUUUCAUGCUUAGGCAUUAACUCAACUUUUGAUCGAAAAAAAAUCCGGAGAGUAAUUUCUUGUCAUUCACAAGUUCCGCCACUCUGAGUAAUCUCUGUAAAAUGUAUCUUAUGCAAUUGGCUUUACCAGCUUGGCAUUGAUACGGCGGAAAGCAGUUCCUACAGGGGUUACUUCAACAGAAAAAAAAACUUAUUAUGCUGUCAUAUAAUUUGUGCAGAAAUUAUUUGCUUGAAAUUUUAAGAAAUCAAAAAACGUCUCCUAUGUUUGUGAGACGUUUUCCGAUAGCAUUUGCAUUCCAAAUGAGUGUUGAUAAUGCUAUGGGUUGUUGCUGAUCAUUAUUGCUGAGCAAUUGUUGAGUGAUGUUGCUGAGAGUUUUUCUGAGUGGUGCUGCUGAGCAGUGUUGCUGAGCGUUGUUGCGCCAUGUCUGAACAUGCCUUUGAUAUAGCUUAUUAGCAUCCUUACAAGCCAUACAAAUAGUCUAUGCAAGCUGCACUUUUCAAGAAUGAUGAAACCCACGGUGCGAGAUAGAUUGUUGGAAAAAAGGUUUAUGAAUGGGAGUUGCGAUGAUGUCGCAAAUUUUUUUUAUGGUACACAGCACACACUAGUUGAUUAUAAUACUGUCUGCCUGCACUGCGAAGAUCCGAACUACCCAAAGCAAUGUUGGUGAAUUUAUAUAUAAAUAACGGUUAUGCAUUGAAGUUGUAUUGAUGAAUCAGAGUUUUCUAUACACAACACACGCUGUAAUUGGUUAAAACCAUAAUAUUACUGUUUGCCUGUUCUGCAAUGUUCCUUAUUUACUCAUAUAUGUUAUUAAAAGGACAUUAUUGGUGAAUUUAUACAGGUUGUGUAUGGAAGUUGUAUUGAUGUAUCAGAAAUCUUAUGCACAACAUACAUUGUAUUGGAUUGUACUAUCACUCUGCCAACACCCCAAAGUUCUCAACUUCCCUUAUACAGAUUUAGAAGUGUUAUUGAAUUGAUUUGGUUACAUGAUAUUAUUAUAGCUGAGUUUGCCCGAGUUGAUAUCUCUUGAAACCACAGAGAUCUGUUUUGGCUUGGGUGACAAUCAACAUAGAAUGAUAUUUGGUUUGCGUUAUCUGGUGACUUCUGGGCUGAAAAUGCUUUGAUCUGGCCCAUUAUUUAGCUCAUGGAAGGUAUUGUUAUGCAGACUUGGUUGUUUGUGACAUUCAAACAAGCUUGUGAACAUUAUUGAAAGUGAGUUUUCAUGAGGA